CUUGCGUGGAAUUUCUAAUUUCGCUGGUUUAUCCGAAAUUGAAUCAUUUCGCGAUGGAAGAACCAAUGGAUCACUCCGGUAUUAUGAACGAUAUGAUGUCAUCUCCAGAUUCGAUGGCCGUUCCGAAAGCUUAUGACUACUCAACUAUCGUUGCUGAUAGAUUGAAUAAACCAUUUGACUAUAAGAAUGCUCAUUGUCAGCCAGCGAUUCAGCUGAACAAGAAGUCGUACGAAGAGAUUUUAGCUCAAUUGGAAGAAAUCUCAGAUGAAAGUGAUGACGAUGAUGAUGAGCUUAUCGAACUUCACGCUUCUGUUGGAGAAAGAUCUAUGAAGCUUAUGACAAAUGUUCCAAUAGUUCGUGCCUUCAACAUGGCGGAAAAUAGUUUGGAACGAACAGAAGCGACUAAAGAGGAAACCACCAAUGUUGUCAAAAUGCAGUAGUUGUCAGAAAAGAAAACGAGAUUGGAAAUAAAACAGUUUAAGUAACCGAGUAACAACUUGCCAGUCUUCGAGUAACGUGUCCAAUAAAUCUGAUAUCAUUGCCAAUAA